AUGGCCGAGGUGGGACAGGAGCCAUCAGCGCCACGAGCCGUGCGUGUCUGCCGCAUCUGCGUGGAUUUCCUGCGCAACCCCGCUGCUGCCGUGGAGCCCUGCGGACACGUGUUCUGCCACGCCUGCAUCCAGCCCCAGGCUGCCACCGACGCCGCCGCCACCUGCCCCACCUGCCAAGGGCCCAUCGGCAGCAUCCGUGUGCUGGAGGGCCAGGACAACCCAGCCCCGGUGGCCCCGCGUCGCCCCCGCCGCCGCCUCCAUCCCUUCGUGGCGCGGUGGCGCCAGCGGCAGCAGCAGGAGGCGCAGGAGGAUGCGGCUCCUGGAGGUGGCCGGCGCCGAAGACAUGCUGAUGGCGACAGUCCUGAGGUGUCUUGUUUUCUUCCUGCAGAUUGUCGCCAGUAUACGAACAGGAGCUGUGAAGAAUGCCUGAAAAAUGUCACUUGCCUGUGGUGUGCCAGCAGCAGGAGGUGCAUGGAGUACCCCGUCCGAAGAAUCCUCCCGCCGGCCGACCUGUGCGAGCUCCGCUCGGCGCGCUGGGGAGUCUGCUGGGUGAACUUUGAAGCCCUGAUCAUUGCAAUGUCCGUGGUGGGAGGAACACUUCUGAUCAUGUUGGGGGUCUGCUGCUGCUGUUGUAAGAAAAAGAGCAAAAAGCCGGACAAGGAUGAUGAGAGAGCAGCCAGGGAGCGGGAGAAGAGGCGGGUGCGGCAGGAGGAGAGGAGAGCAGAGAUGAAAUCACAGCAUGAUGAAAUCCGAAGAAAAUACGCUGCUGCCCACUGCAGGUCCAGGUUAGGCAGGAGAUUCCAGGGCCUCUGGAUGGGCUGGAUCCUUUACUGCUUGACCUGGACUGUGCAUGGCCUGCCUGGGAGAGGAGUUUGCCAUCAGGUCAAGCUUCUCAAUGGAUGUCUCCUCUUGUGCAGAAGGGGAGAGUGAAACAGUGCUGACUGUGGGCCCUGCGCAAGUAAGAGCAGGUGUUUUGGGAGAACUGCAGCUGGGAGGCUUGAGGAUGCUUAAAUGACAAAGAGUUAUUUCCCAGGACUGGUUUUCUUGCUGGCUGUGACCACUGUGGGAGCUGCUGUCUGAACAAAUCUCUUUUCUCUUCUAGGCCUGUUCAAGGAAGAGAACCCUUACGCAAAAUUUGAGAAUUAGCAUCUCCAGACACACCCACCCACCCUGGUGAACAGUGCCUUCUGCAGAGCCAAAAGUCUCCAGGCUUCCCCCCACCACCAUGGUGCCACUUCAACUGCCACAGAAGAUGACCCAAAUCCUUGGUGACACCAUUGUCCCCACUCCAGGUGCUUGGUCUGGCCAGACUUUGCUCUUGCCCUGCUGGUGCAAGAAACCAUGGUGACAAUACUGGAAGAUGGGGCAUUUUUUCCUCACUCACCCCAGGGUGGUUGUGGUGUCCAAAGCAAUGCACAUAACAGCCCUUGUCCCUGCCAAGCGCAAAAGCAAUGUCACACAUCUCCCUCACUCCUGCCUCACCAAGAACACUUCAUGCACACAGAGCUAGCCUCUUCUGCUCUUCCUCCCCCUCUUUUUGUUUUUCUUUUAGUAUAUGCAAAAGCCAGCAAGAGUUUCCUGACGUAAGGGCUAGCAGGAGGCUUUGGCUGUCACUCCAGGUGCAUGCACUUAUCCCAGCACAUUAGCAGUCCUCUCAAAGAGCACAAGUUUCUGGUGAUCUGGUGCUUCCAGGAGGAAGGUCUUAUGUGCACCUUCUCACUUGCAACUAAUCUGGGGAAAUGCCCCAACUCUCCUGCCUCUCUGUGCCUUUCUAGAAAGGUGGUCUUGGGCUCAAUGGCCACGUCUGUUAGCAAUACUGUAAGU